GUGGUUCCUCGGAGACAGUCCUCCGGCCCGCUUUUCCUAGAUGGCUGGUUUCACUGAACCUUACACCCCCUGCAGGAACAAGAAUCACGAGCCCAUUUUGUGGAUGAGGAAACCAAGGCCCCGUGAAGCUGAGUCGAAGGCUCAAAGUCACACAGCCAGAAAUGAAGUCCCGAAGGCGUCUCAGGUCUCUGAAAUCCCAGGCUGCUGUCUACCUUCCAAACUCUCCCAGUCUAGAAGUCAGCGAUUGCCCCCACCCUUACCCCACCUCCCCCGUUCCCCAAACGCGGAUGAGGCCAGGACACCAGGGCUGGGCCAGGGGGCCUCUUGGUCUUCCCGGGGCGCGUUCUCCCCGGCACGGGCGACGGCCUGGCGGUGGAGCGCCUCUGGCACCUGCGGGUUCGCCCCCCAGGCUCGGGCGGCGGAGCGCGGAGAGUGAGCGCGCCGCGGCACAGGUGGGGCGGCGGCGCGGGAGCCCAGGGAGCGCGGAGGCGCGGGGGCGCGGGCCCGGGGUGCAGCGAGGGACGGAGACAGCGCGGCAGUGCCAGCCGCCGCCGGCCGCUUGCGGCCCCCGCCCCCUCGGUGCCGGCCGGCUCUUCGCUCCUCCGGCGGCGAACCAGACACGGCCGCGGCCGCCGCCGCCCGGCGCGCACCGGCCGCCACCUGCCCCCGGCGCCCGCGCUGGAGGGGCGCGACGCGGCCGCCGACCCGGAGGCGCUGGAGGAAGCGAGAGGGGUCCCCGCGCACUUCGGGCGCCGGCGCAGCGCACGGUGAGCCUCCCCCGCCCCGGGGCUCGGGGAUUCCUCAGCCCCCGGGUGCCGAAUGGGGUCACCCGGGGGACGCAAGGCCGAAGUUGGGACCUCGCGCAGCCCGCCCCCGCCGCCGAGCCCGACAUGCUGCCGCCGGGGAGCAACCGCACCGCGUCCCGGGCGCGCUUCAGGCAGCAGCAGCUGGCGCAGCGGGGCUCCGUGGGGGGCUCGGAGGGGGCGGCGCCCCUGGGGGCAGCGCAGGUGGUCACCGCCGGCCUCCUGACCCUGCUCAUCGUCUGGACCCUGCUGGGCAACGUGCUGGUGUGCGCGGCCAUCGUGCGCAGCCGCCACCUGCGCGCCAAGAUGACCAACGUCUUCAUCGUGUCUCUGGCUGUGUCCGACCUCUUCGUGGCGCUGCUGGUCAUGCCCUGGAAGGCGGUCGCCGAGGUGGCCGGUUACUGGCCCUUUGGGGCCUUCUGCGACAUCUGGGUGGCCUUUGACAUCAUGUGCUCCACCGCCUCCAUCCUGAACCUGUGCGUCAUCAGCGUGGACCGCUACUGGGCCAUCUCCAGGCCCUUCCGCUAUGAGCGCAAGAUGACCCAGCGCGUGGCUUUGAUCAUGGUCGGCCUGGCCUGGGCCUUGUCCAUCCUAAUCUCCUUCAUCCCUGUUCAACUCCACUGGCACAGGGACAAGGCAGGCUCCUGGGGCGAGGCGCCACCGCCAUCCGGCCCGGCCAACGGGACGCCCUGGGAGGAGGCAGGGGAGCCAGAGGCGAGGGCGGAAAACUGCGACUCCAGCCUGAACCGAACUUACGCCAUCUCCUCUUCGCUCAUCAGCUUCUACAUCCCCGUGGCCAUCAUGAUCGUGACCUACACGCGCAUCUACCGCAUCGCCCAGGUGCAGAUCCGCAGGAUCUCCUCGCUGGAGAGGGCCGCCGAGCGCGCGCAGAGCUGCCGCGGCCGCGCAGCCUGUGCGCCCGACCCCAGCCUGCGGGCAUCCAUCAAGAAGGAGACCAAAGUCCUCAAGACGCUGUCGGUGAUCAUGGGGGUCUUCGUGUGCUGCUGGCUGCCCUUCUUCAUCCUUAACUGCACGGUCCCCUUCUGCAGCGGCCGCCGCGAGGGUCCUGGGGCCGGCUUCCCCUGCGUCAGCGAGACCACCUUCGACGUCUUCGUCUGGUUCGGCUGGGCCAACUCCUCCCUCAACCCGGUCAUCUACGCCUUCAACGCCGACUUCCGGCAGGUGUUUGCGCAGCUGCUGGGGUGCGGUCACCUGUGCUCCCGCACCCAGGUGGAGACGGUGAACAUCAGCAAUGAACUCAUCUCCUACAAUCAGGACACCGUCUUCCACAAGGAGAUCGCAGCUGCCUACAUCCAUAUGAUCCCCAAUGCCGUGUCCCCGGGGGACGCGGAGGGGGACAAGGAGGAGGAGAGCCCUUUCGAUCGAAUGUUCCAGAUCUCUCAGACGUCCCCGGAUGGUGACCCUGCUGCUGAGUCUGUGUGGGAGCUGGACUGCGAGGGAGAGGUUUCUUUAGGCAAAAUAACGCCUUUCACCCCGAACGGAUUCCAGUAGAGUGCCCGAGAAAGGCCCCUUCUGGAUCUAUAUAAUUGCACAGACAUUAACAAGCAUGCAGAAUACAUACUCACACACACACGUCCAGUGCUGUUCAGUUCAUCUCAUUUUCUGUGUCUGUGUAGGAGCCCAUGUGCUUAGAAACGUCACCAGACUGAUUUGUUGGUAUAAGAAUUGGCAGAAGGUUUGGAAUAUAUACUCCAGCCUAGCAGAAACAGACGGGGGGGUCCAGUUAGAGAAGAGAAGGCGGUGUUUGGUUCUUUAAAAAACAAACAAAAAACUCGUAGUUGAUCUUUAAAAAAUAUACUCACCCUCCCUUUUACACAAAUGAACUGUUCAGUGACUUGUUUUUGUCUGGUGGGUUUUUAGACAACAGGUUCUAUGUGUGUGCAGUGCUGAUGGGGGUGCGGGUGACAUUCCUGUAUCUUGCUUCCUGUAGCCCUGUGUUUAUGCAGUUUCUGCCCUCCGUGUGUGUCUUUAGGACAGCUGGGGAACUCUUUCCGAUUUGUUCUGGUGUCUAAUAAACACAAAUUAUGUGGAUUGGGGGGUGAUUAUCUUUGCUUUGCCAGACUGGAGUUUAGGAUCGCUCCUGGAGAAGCCACGAGAGCAUCUUUACAAGCAGGGAAGGUUUGGGCUUGGUCUGGAAGCACACAUUUAUUUUCUUAGCAGACAGGUUGGCCUUAAAGGUACACACAGGAGCAAUUCCAAUUGCUUCCAAUUG